AUGUUUAUCAAAAUAUUUCAAGUACUUUUUCUUAUAUCAACUAUUGCUGCUGGUAUGUCACCGGAAGAAAAAGCUCAACUUCGUUUACAAGUUAUCGAUAUGUUUAAACAUGGUUUUGGCUCCUAUAUGAAAUAUGCUUAUCCUGCUGAUGAAUUAAUGCCAUUAAGUUGUAAAGGCCGAUAUCGUGGUUCAGAACCUUCUCGAGGAGAUAUUGAUGAUCCUCUUGGAAAUUUUUCUUUAACACUUGUUGAUAGUUUGGAUACAUUAGCGGUGCUUGGAAUGUUCGAUGAAUUUGAACGUGCUGUUCGUCAAGUUAUUCAACAUGUAUCAUUUGAUCGUGAUGUUGUUGUUUCUGUUUUUGAAACCAAUAUUCGUAUGAUUGGAGGUCUUCUCGGUGGUCAUAUAUCAGCAAAAUACAUUAAUUCACAUCAUCCAUUACGUUUAUCUUGGUAUCGUGAUGAAUUAUUAGUAUUAGCUCAUGAUUUAGGACUUCGUUUAUUACCUGCAUUUAAUACAACAAGUGGUUUACCAUUACCACGUGUUAAUCUUCGUUAUGGUAUUGAUUUAACAUUAUCAAAAAGUGAACGUGAACGUUUUACAUGUACGGCAUGUGCUGGUACAUUAAUAUUAGAAUGGGCAACAUUAUCACGUUUAACAGGAAAUUAUUUAUUUGAACAAUAUGCUGAUCGUGCUAUGUCGUAUUUAUGGGAAAGACGACAUCGACAAUCAAAUUUAAUGGGUACAAUACUUAAUGUUCAUUCAGGGGACUGGAUUGUACGUGAAUCAGGCAUUGGUGCUGGUAUUGAUUCAUAUUAUGAAUAUUUAUUUAAAGCCUAUGUUUUAUUAGGUGAAAAAAAUAAUGAUUAUUUAUCUCGUUUUCAACAACAUUAUUCAUCAAUAAUGUCUUAUGUUCAACAAGGUGUUGCUAUGGUUAAUGUACAUAUGCAUCAACCAUAUCGUUUAGCUAAAAAUCAUAUGGAUGCUUUAUUAGCAUUUUGGCCUGGAUUACAAGUUAUGACAGGAGAUUUAAAACCGGCUAUUGAAUUACAUGAAAUGCUUUAUCAAGUUGUUAAAAAACAUAAUUUUUUACCAGAAGCUUUUACAACAGAUUAUAGAAUACAUUGGAAUUCACAUCCAUUAAGACCUGAAUUUGUUGAAUCAACAUAUUUUCUUUAUAAGGCUACUGGCGAUCCUCAUUAUCUCGAAGUUGGUCGUACAAUAAUAACUAAUUUAGAAAAACAUGCUCGAGUACCAUGUGGUUAUGCUGCUUUAUCUGAUGUUUCUACUGGUCAACAUGAAGAUCGUAUGGAUUCAUUUGUAUUAGCUGAAACAUUUAAAUAUCUUUAUUUAUUAUUUGAUUCUAUUCCACAUCGUUAUAUUGAUAUAGAUCAAUUUAUAUUUACAACUGAAGCACAUCUUUUACCACUUAAUUUAUUAUUAUUUAAAAUAAAUGAUACAUUAAGAGAAGAAUUUGAUAAAAAAACAAUAUUAUCAGCACGUCUUUAUGAACAAAAAAAUCUUUCAUUAACAGAACGAUUAAAUGAAAAACGAGCAAAAAAUAAUCAAUGUCCAGCUUUCGAUGAUCAAUUUCAAUCACAUCAAUAUAAAGAACAAUUAAGACGAAAUAUUCGAGGUGAUCAAGAUAUGACAGAAACAGUAACAAUAUCAUCAACUGGAAUUGAAAAACGAAUGAGAGAAUCACGCAAUCGUUUGAAAGCUUCGGAAUUUUCCGCCGGAGAUCCUCAACAUGUAGCUCAACUUACACAAAUGGGAAUUCAAAUUCAAACAAUGGCUGAUGGCCGUAUUCAAUUGAUUCAUAAUUCAGCUAAUGCUGCAUCAAAUGAAGAUGCUGACGAUGGUCUUAUUUUUAUACAAGAAAUGAUAGAAUUGAUGAAAAAUAUCAAUGGAAUAGGUCCAUCAUCAUUAGAAAAUAAAAAUCAUUUACCAUUAGCUGUUAUUCCAUUAGUAACUCCACCAUUAACAAAACUAGUAAGUUUGACUGUUGGUUCUGCUCAAUUUGGUAAACAAUUACAUGGAAAAUUAGGAAUAUUUGCUCAACUAUAUGUUGCUCAGCCAUUUUCUGGUUGUUCACAAGUAUUCGAUCCAUAUCAUCUAUAUUCACGCAUUGCUAUUGUUCGUCGUGGUGAUUGUAUGUUUAUUGAAAAAGCUCGUCAAUUAGAAUCUAUUCAAGCUAUUGGAGGUAUUGUUAUUGAUCAUAAUGCAUCAUUAAAAUCAUCAAAUGGUGCUCUAUUUUCUAUGACGGGUGAUGGAAAUAAUAAUGUACAUAUUCUACUUGUAUUAAUGUUUAAAGAUGAAGCCUUUCAAUUAUUACAUCUUCUAUCAAAACAACCAAAUUUAAUUGUUUAUAUUGGUGAAGAAAAACAUUUAAAAGAAAGUUUUUAUCAACAAAUGGAAAUUUUAGAAAGUUUUCUAGAACCUUUUAAUCAAACAAGUAAAAAAUUGGUUUAUGGAGAAAUUGAAUUUUUUAAAAAGAAAUAUUUAUGUCCAAUUGUACCAAUGAAAUUAAAACAAUUAGAAUUAGCUAUUCAUCAAGAAAAUGAACAUGUUGAAACUGAUAUUAUCAGCAAAUAUCCAAUUAUUCAACUUGAACAUGUUAUUGAAGCUAACGAAAAUAAAUCUGCUGAAGAAAUAACUUCUGAACUGUUCAAUAGUCUUAAUAUAACAGCAGCAAGUUUCGGUGGUCAAUUAAAUAACAUUGAUACAUAUCGUUCAGCACUUGAUAAAAUAAUUCGAACAGCUCUUGCUAAUGCUGCUAAUGAAUCGUUUAAGUCAAAUAUCACUAUCGAACAAGAACAACAAAUUGAGAUUCCUGUUGAAAUUAUUACAACAACUAAAGAAGAAAAUCAACAACAAACAACAACGACAACACGAACAACUGACACUCGAGAAUAUACAGAAAAAAGAUCAAAAAUAAAAGAUAUAAAUUAA